AUGGUUUUGAUUGUUAAUCCACCCAAAGACUUGAAGAAACCACGUGGAAAGAAAUGCUUCUUUGUGAAGUUUUUUGGAACAGAAGAUCAUGCCUGGAUCAAAGUGGAACAGCUAAAGCCAUACCAUGCGCACAAGGAGGAAAUGAUAAAGAUUAACAAGGGAAAACGGUUCCAGCAAGCUGUGGAUGCCGUUGAAGAGUUCCUCCGGAGAGCCAAAGGGAAAGACCAGACAUCGUCCCACAAUUCUGCUGAUGACAAGAAUCGGCGUAAUUCCAGUGAGGAGAGAAGUAGGCCAAACUCAGGUGAUGAGAAGCGGAAGCUUAGCCUGUCUGAAGGGAAGGUGAAGAAGAACAUGGGAGAAGGAAAGAAGAGGGUGUCUUCAGGCUCUUCAGAGAGAGGCUCCAAGUCCCCUCUGAAAAGAGCCCAAGAGCAGAGUCCCCGGAAACGGGGUCGGCCCCCAAAGGAUGAGAAGGAUCUCACCAUCCCUGAGUCUAGUACCGUGAAGGGGGUGAUGGCUGGACCGAUGGCCGCGUUUAAAUGGCAGCCAACUGUGAGCGAGCCUGUGAAAGAUGCAGACCCUCAUUUCCAUCAUUUCCUGCUCAGCCAAACUGAGAAGCCAGCUGUCUGUUACCAAGCAAUCACAAAGAAGUUGAAAAUAUGUGAAGAGGAAACCGGGUCCACCUCCAUCCAGGCAGCAGACAGCACAGCAGUGAAUGGCAGCAUCACACCCACAGACAAAAAGAUAGGAUUUUUGGGCCUUGGCCUCAUGGGAAGUGGCAUCGUCUCCAACUUGCUAAAAAUGGGUCACACAGUAACCGUCUGGAACCGGACUGCAGAGAAAGAGGGGGCCCGCCUAGGAAGAACCCCCGCUGAAGUCGUUUCAACUUGUGACAUCACCUUCGCCUGCGUGUCAGAUCCCAAGGCAGCCAAGGACCUGGUGCUGGGCCCCAGUGGUGUACUGCAAGGGAUCCGCCCUGGGAAGUGCUAUGUGGACAUGUCAACAGUGGAUGCUGACACAGUCACUGAGCUGGCCCAGGUGAUUGUGUCCAGGGGGGGCCGCUUUCUGGAAGCCCCGGUCUCAGGGAAUCAGCAGCUGUCUAAUGACGGGAUGUUGGUGAUCUUAGCAGCAGGAGACAGGGGCUUGUAUGAGGACUGCAGCAGCUGCUUCCAGGCAAUGGGGAAGACCUCCUUCUUUCUAGGUGAGGUUGGCAACGCAGCCAAGAUGAUGCUGAUCGUGAACAUGGUCCAGGGAAGCUUCAUGGCCACCAUCGCUGAGGGCUUGACCCUGGCCCAAGUGACAGGCCAGUCCCAGCAGACACUCUUGGACAUCCUCAAUCAGGGACAGUUGGCCAGCAUCUUCCUGGACCAGAAGUGCCAAAAUAUCCUGCAAGGAAACUUUAAGCCUGAUUUCUACCUGAAGUACAUCCAGAAGGAUCUCCGCUUAGCCAUUGCCUUGGGUGAUGCGGUCAACCAUCCUACUCCUAUGGCAGCUGCAGCCAACGAGGUGUACAAAAGAGCCAAGGCACUGGACCAGUCUGACAACGACAUGUCUGCCGUGUACCGAGCCUAUAUACACUAA